UCGUCGUCGUCCUGGUCGGUAGGUUGUACCGGAACCAGUUUUCCUGCUGAUGUGUACACCACCAGUGAAGUUGACCGGCUUUGCAUCCAUCUAAACCGCUAUCGUUUAUCGUACUGUGCACCGGCACGAAAAAUAAGCCUCAAAAAAAGAAUGGCCAAGGACGAGGAGGACGAUCUGUUGCCCGACAAGGAUGCGGCGAAAGGAUUCUACGCGAAAUAUGAACCGAAGGAAAUCCUCGGCAGAGGAAUCAGCUCAACGGUACGGCGAUGCAUCGAGAAGGAAACGGGCAAGGAAUUUGCGGCAAAGAUCAUCGAUCUCGGUGCGGCAGAAACGGGCGAUUCCAACCAUAUGCUGGAAGCAACCCGACAGGAAAUUCAAAUUCUACGGCAAGUCAUGGGACACAAAUUUAUCAUCGAACUGCAAGAUGUGUUCGAGUCGGAUGCAUUCAUUUUCCUAGUGUUUGAGCUGUGCCGGCAGGGAGAGUUGUUUGACUAUCUUACGUCGGUGGUGACACUUUCGGAGAAAAAGUCCCGCUACAUUAUGCGCCAAAUAUUCGAAGGUGUUGACUACAUACAUUCGAAGAACAUUGUUCAUCGUGAUUUGAAGCCGGAGAAUAUACUGCUAGAUGAUAAUCUUAACGUAAAGAUUACAGAUUUCGGGUUCGCCCGGGUGCUAAAGGAGGGUGAAAAGCUGUAUGAUCUCUGCGGAACUCCGGGAUAUCUGGCACCGGAAACAUUAAAGUGCAAUAUGUUCGAGGAUGCACCUGGAUACUCGAAGGAGGUGGACAUAUGGGCUUGUGGUGUGAUAAUGUUUACGCUACUGGUAGGUUGUCCUCCGUUCUGGCACCGCAAACAGAUGGUGAUGCUACGCAAUAUUAUGGAAGGCAAAUAUAGUUUCACGUCCCCGGAGUGGGCGGACAUUUCAGAGGAUCCCAAGGACCUGAUUCGCAAAUGUCUGGUGGUAGAUCCAUCGAAGCGAAUCACAGUCACGGAAGCACUAAAACAUCCCUUCUUCAACACAGUACUUUUCGAGCAAGAUAUUGGACCUCUGAAACGGAGCCUUUCGGUUAAAUCGAGACGCUUCAGUCGCAUUGCUGACCUGGCACUGGUAGCAUGUAGGGCACUGAAACUAACUUGCAUUACCAAGCAAAGUAAGUUACGUAAGCAAAGUCAGUUCAACGCUAGGAAAAAGUUUCAAUUUGCUAUACUGUGUGUACGCGCUAUGAUCCGGAUCAAGAGGCUACGGUACACGCCGGAACCGUUGCGUGUCGAGGAUGCGCUCAGAGACCCGUAUCGCGUCAAAGUGUUGCGCAAGGUCAUCGAUGGAUGUGCAUUUCGAGUGUACGGCCACUGGGUCAAGAAGGGCGAGGGCCAAAACCGGGCCGCGCUGUUCGAAAAUACGCCUCGAUGCGAGGUUUAUAAUCUUUAUAUCAACAGCCUUAAUCGAUAGACUCUA